AUGUUAGCCUUCAUUAAAAACAAUGAACAACAAAUUCGUAAUUUUUACGCAAAGACAUCCGAUCUUGGAAGUACUGAGUUCGUAGGCGUAAUUCUAAAUGAUGCUAUCUUUAUCAUUGAGCUAUUCUGGAGGUAUUUCAAUUAUAGUUUUUAUGCAAGUGAUUAUUUGAUAAAUAAUCCAUCAUCAGAUUCCGUUUCACCCAUUGAGUUGCUAAAACUUGAAAAUCAACAUCCAUACUUCAUCCUUGAGGAAUUAUAUAGGCUCGCUUAUGUUAGCCCUCAUCAUCCUACCUUCAUGGAGCUUUCUUGCAACUACUUUGACUAUGAGAUGUGUAACGGCAUACCUCGAUGCACUGCAGUUGUUCAUUUCACUGAUUUGAUAAGGAUCGCUUUAUUGAAAAACUACUCAAAAGUCGAGCCAAAUGGAAAGAGUAUUGCAAACUUACCUUGUGCAGCGAAAUUGUACGAGUCAGGAGUAAAGUUUAAGGGUAUCAAAAGAGAAUGUUUACGUGACAUAAGAUUUGAAAGGCGACUUAUCGAUACAGGAAAAUAUGUGGAUUUGCUCAUUGAAGGGGGGAUUGUUAUCAGUUCUUUUGGCGGCAAUGCUUCAAUAUCGAAUAUGUUCAACAAACUUUGCUCUCAAACUGGUUUCGUUGGUUCUUGUUACUACCACCUCUGCGAGGAACUAAAAGCACACUAUAACAAUCCCUUGAACCAUACCAAGGCCACCUUAAAUAGGGUGUAUUUCAGCAAUCUUUGGAAAGGCACGGCAACUGUUGCAGCAGGGUUACUUCUAUUGCUAACUAUGAUACAAGCCAUGACUUCUAUCAAGCAAGUUGCUUGA